GACGCCUACACCAGCCGGGCGUGGAGUCCCUGUGUCUCUGACAGUUAGCUUUUUCCCCCAGCAUUGGACAGUGAUAAUACUAGGUGUGUGUGUGUGAUUAAGUGUGUGUGUCUUCAGUGACUGCGUCUGCCUGCGACACUCACUCGAAGUGACUCGCCUCACACACACGCCGGGCAUUCACCAUGGCAGCGGAAUGUGUUCCGGAGGGGCCCGACCUCAAGGAGAUGGGUGAGGAAGAUGUGUGGGAGCUGAUCAACGACAACCGUCAUCGUAUCUCCCUGGGUGUGAAACCAUGUAUGUUGAUCCCCUACCUGCGCCAGGCCAGGGUCCUCACAGAGAUGGAUGAAGAUGAGAUCCUCUCCUGCCUCAAGCUCAACAACAGCUCCAUGAGGACCAGUCACAUGCUGGACCUGCUGCGUAUCCAGGGGAGGAGCGGCGCAAUGGCCCUGCUGGAGAGCCUGAUGAUCCACUACCCCACCAUCUACACCCAGGUCACAGGCCGCAAGCCCAGCACCGAGCCCUCUGGCUUCAGUGGCCUGAUUAAGUACUCGGACUUGACGGAGUACCUGGUCAAAGCCUUGACAGGGAUGCAGAAGGAGCUGAAGGAGGCUCGGCAGGAGGCCAGUCGGCUCGGGUCACGUUGCACCUCCCUGGAGGCGCAGCUAGGUCAGACUCUGGAGCGGCAGGAGGAGUCUCGCCGUCUUAAGGCCGACCACGGCCGCAUGAGGAAGAACUUGGCUGCCGCGCACCACGACAUCUUGAAGCUGAAGGACGAGAAGUGUGGCCUGUAUGUGCGGUACACCGCUGUCAUCGAGGAGAGGUCGGCCGCCAACAUCCACUGCAGCGACCUCAACCUACAGGUAUAUCAGCUUCAGUUUGAGCUGCGCAAAGCCCAGACAGAGACGGACUUUGAGAGGCAGCGCUCGCUCAAGUGCACCACCCCCAGCCAGACGCAGCGACUGCAGGACGAGAUUAGCGCUCUGCGCAGGCAGCUACUGGUGGCCGAGACAAUCACCCCGGCGCGGGAGGAUAUCCUGGGCCAAGACCUGGUUGAGGCGAGGGAUGUCCAUACAGAGCUUGCUGAGCAGCUCAGGUGCUACAGAAAGGAGAAUGAGCAGCUGACCCGCGAGAGGCAGGAGAUGGUGGAACAUAAAGAGUGUCUGGCGCUGCAGGUUCAGAAGCUGACUCUGGACUGUGAGAUGUACCAGCAGAAGGGUACUGUCAUACAGAGCCAACUGAGGGAGCUACAGGCAGAGAGAGACGACGCGUGCCUGUCCAGGGACGAGGCCCAGGCCCAGAUAGCCAGGAGCCUGGCUGAGAAGGACACGCUGCGCAGCGCGCACACGGAGAGGAUGUUUAGCUGGGAGAGCCAGGGCUCCAGCAGUGACAGCCUCCCCUCCAGCCCCUCCCCUCGUCCCCGCCUCCGCCGCAUGCAUGCAAUCUGCCCCGAUUCCGAUUCCGUGAGGGGAUGCAGUAUAAAGAGUGGCGAUAUCACUCCAAGUAGUGUCCGGUCCCAAAAUGUGGAGCCUCCACGUCCAGAGUCACUGCGGACACGAGAAAAGACCCUAUGGUACAAUCGAGACAGCUCGGAGACGGCUGAAUGUGACGUCUUACUUGACAAUGACUUUGUGUUCAUCCCCAGUGGCAAUGAGGUUGAGCAAUCUGUUAUGUCAAACAUGCGUUCCUGCCAAAGCAACAACAGUGAUGGUAUCUCCAGGGCAUCAGCCCCCCCGUUCCUGCUGCGCUCCCGGCCCCGGGCCAUGCGCAUCACUGGCCGAGUCCUGACCAUCUCCUUCCAGGGGGAGGCGCUGCUGAGCCAGCUGCAGGUGGUGGGGGGUAACAAGACGGGAGUGUUCGUCCACCAGGUCACUGAGUGCUCCGCCGCAAACACAGUGGGCAUUAGUUCGGGGGCACAAAUUCUGGAGGUGAAGUAUGAGCAGGCUCAGCAGGCUCUAAGGAUGGUUCUGGAGGACACCACCCUGGAAGAGGCCAUGUGGGCUCUGGGGCAGGUCCGAGGCUUCUGCCACCUCUCCCUGAGGCCCAACCAAGAUGCCUAUGAGAAGCUCCUGCUGCAGAGUGGCGAGGCCAUGUCAGGUGACUCCUUCUACGUGCGCGUCAACAUGACGUUACCCGGGGGCUCGCAGGACGCUCUGUCCGUUUCCUGUAACGACAUCCUCCACGUCACAUGCACCCUCCCAGCGGGCGCUGACCGCUCCUGGAGGGCCAGCCACGUCCACCCUUGCCAACUGCUGGAUCUCAAGACUGGCAACUUGCCCAACUACUACAGGGCCCAACGCCUGCUGAUCAGCGCUAUCGAGGACAUGAGCAUCCAACCCAUGGCACUUAGAAAGGCCCAGGACAAGAAGAAGACUGUGAGGAUCGUCAGUACGGGGAGACAGGGGAGGAAUCCUCUGUGGGUCUGUGUAGAAGACAGCAAGGACAAGAGCACUGGGCCAGGGGAUGCCUCUGCACCCAGAGGCUGUUUGACCCUCAUGCCCUACACCCUGGUCACGCCCCACUACCCACCCGUCUGUCGUCCGGUCCUCCUGCUACCCACAAUCAUCGGCCGUGUCCUGGAUCAAAAGCUGGCCGAGUGGCAGGGCUUUCAGUUGUGUGAGCCAGAGUUAUUGAGUUCCAGUGAGCACACUGCCAGGCUGCAGAGGUCUGAGGUGCUGGAGGAGUGUGAACAGGGGGGUCAGCGGUGUUACACCUUGCAGAGUGUUGAGAGGGUCAUGAAGCAGGGUACCCACUGUGUACUGCCUCUAGGUCUGGACUGUGUACGCCGCCUCCACAGGGCAGAGAUCUUCCCCAUCAUCAUCUUCAUCGCCCAGUCCAAGUCCAGAGCAGCACGCAAACUCAAGUCUAAGGUGCAGCGUCAGGGCUGGUCCGAGGAGCAGCAGCUGGAGUGUUCUCGCAGCGAGGAGUCCCUGCUGGACAAGCUGCCCUGCCUCUACCGCAUCGUCAGCCCUGACUCGUGGGACGACAAAACCUCUCUGCUCACCACCCUGCACUCCAUCAUCUUGGUGGAGCAGAAGAAGAUUGUGUGGGUGGAGCCUGAUUUGUGGUGAUUUUUAAGGCAUCAGAGGCACCAAUGUGAAGUUUGUUGAUGAGGUACUCGUGGCCAAAUUGGAUGUCUUUGAAUUACAAAUUUGUAAAAUAAAUGAUUUGGAUUAUUUGUAAACGGAUAAGAUGGAGAAGAGUUCCAAUAGGCAUUACAUACCUGACCAUUAUGGGACAAGGGAAAUGGAUUGUGUACCUAUGAUAGCUAACUAUACAUGAAUUCUGUAAUCAAGGUAGUAUGAGGAGAUGUACCUGCACUUUGGUUUAGCUUCAUUAAUUUCUUGUUGUUUUUUCCAACCUAUAUUUACUUGUAUUGUUUUUGGGAUUAGUUUUUCAAUUAUCUUUAUCAUAAAGAUACGAUAGUGUUAAAUACUGUGUAUUGUAUUAUACACAGGAUUUCAACAAACCUGUGAAACCAUGGUCAUACCCAAGUCACACCUGAAAUGUAAUGUAGGAAUUCCAGUCAGAGUAUGUUGACUAACUGUCCGACACAGUUAAAGUUUCCAUACAAUGAGGGAUUUAAUGACCUAUUCGGAAGUGUGCAACUCAAGAUAGGGUUGAAGUGUAAUGAUUGUAGGCAUUAUAUGGAUUUAUGUUGGAACAUGUUUUUAAAGCAGUGGUAUUCAAAGUCUGGGUUAAGGACCCCUAAAAAUGAAGAGUACAGAUUAUUUUAUUUGACAAUAUACAAACGUUUUUGAGAAAGAUCAUUUGAAAAAUGUUAUGGACUAAAUGUAUUUAUUGAUUUAUUUUCAUUUUGAUAAGAGAUUUAAUAAAUUGACGGUUAUUUGAUUAACAGAUUUGAAGGACAAAUGGGGUCCUCAGAAAUGUUUUGAAUACCACUUUUUUUAAAAGGUGACAAAGUAACUGAUAUUACAUGACACGAUAACUCAUUGUAUUUUACGAUAUACGAUGACUGUACACAGAGCUCAGGUAUCAUUGACCCUUAGUCACUCACUCUAGGAAUGAGAACAAAUCUCAACUUCCUGUGCAGCGCUUAGCCCCUCCCUCUCUCUUCCACCGACAUCCUCUCUUUAUGAUCUUUCCCUGCCCUCCUAAUGAACCACCAGGUACAGUAUUAGUCACGGUCCCUGAGCCAGCUGUCUAAAACCUGCUUAUUGUGUUCUGAGAUUUAUAUGCAUGUGUUGUGUCAGUUGUGCCAUCAUCUCAUAAGAAUGUUUAUGAUAUUGACUAUGGAAUGAAUGAACAGAUGGUGGUCGAUUAGAGCAAUACUUUUUUUAUUUUGUGUAAUUAAAUAUGUUUAAGAUGUGCUUGUCUUGCCAUCCGAUUGUUACAACUUGUGUUCACAGGUGCAUUACAAUCUUUUGGCCACUAAAAAUAAAUAAUACU